AUGAACGGAUACUCUCCAAAUUCGACCGAAUAUACCCAAACCAUUCCCUUCUUCAUAUGUAGCGGACAAGAGCAGGCUUGUAAAGAAAAUUGUCCGCCCGGAAAUAAAGAUUGUACAGAUGGUUGUACAAGAAAUUGUUCAGCUACCGAUCCGAAGAAGUACACUGCUACCGCGCCUACGUCUACUUUCGGAUCAUCUUCAACUCCCACUUCAAGUCCAUCUGGUGGUAGUAUCUUAAAUUCGGCUGCUAUUACUAAUAUCCCAAUGGCCAUCAUUAACGGUUCUUUUAUGGUGUUUUUGACUGUUGUGUUG